AAAAACAAAAAACAAGACGGCAACAAUAAAAAAGAAAAGAAAAAGGGAGCCUAAACCUAAGAAAAAGAGAAGAACGCAGCAUUGAGCACGGAGCACAAAGGACGAAGAACCAGUAGACAGAACACAGAAGUCUCACAGCAGCGAACCAAACCCUUUCGCUAAUCUUUCUCUUCAAACCUUGCCGUCCUCUGCUCAACUGCCCUUUUUUUGAGUGGAAAUUCGAAAUCGCAGUAUCAGUGAUGGAUCCUCAACCUGAACCCGUGAGCUACAUUUGCGGAGAUUGUGGGCAAGAGAACACACUGAAGCCUGGUGAUGUUAUUCAGUGUAGAGAGUGCGGCUACCGUAUUCUUUACAAGAAAAGAACUCGAAGAAUUGUCCAAUAUGAAGCACGCUAAAUGAGAUGCUGAGGUUCAAACAGAAGUGGAGAUGUAAUAUGGAUUCUGUCUGAUGGAAAUGCUAUAUGUUUAGUUGGUCAAAAAUGUGAUUCUGAUUGUGAUUGUGGUUGUGGGAGUCUUAAGAUGUGGGUCAGUCCUGUUUUAAUGUUUAUCUUGUCUGGACAUUACCUGGAGGAAAUGGAAUGAUUGACAGCCUAAUCAGCUAGUUUUUGGGGAAUUACCAAGUAGAAACUAUUACUAUUCUAUUAUUGUAGUUGCCUAGUUGGUGCCACAUGCUCUAUCUUUGAAAGGUGAUAAGAUUCACAUCUUGCGUCA